CCCAAUAUCUUAAGCUAUUACGGUGUUUGUGUGAACGAAGGCCAAGUUCAUGCUUUAACAGAGUACAUAAACGGAGGCUCCCUCGACGCCCUCAUCGGCAACCACGCCGUCCUGCUGUCGUGGGCGACCCGCGUGUCCCUGGCGCUGGACGUGGCUCGUGGCAUGGCGUAUCUGCACUCCAAGGGCGUCUUCCACAGAGAUCUCACUUCCAAGAAUGUGUUAAUCAAGCACACAGAGGAAGGUGGAGAACACAAGUUAACAGCUGUCAUCGCCGACUUCGGUUUGGCUGCCCCGAUCCCUCACGAAAAGUGCGUGCGUCUCCGCCAGGUGGGUUCGCCGUACUGGAUGGCGCCCGAGGUAAUCCGCGGCGACUGGUACGACCAUCGGGUGGACGUCUUCAGCUUCGGGAUCAUCGUCUGCGAGUUGAUUGCGAGAUGCGAUGCUGAUCCUGACAUUCUGCCGAGAACACACAACUUUGGGGUGCAUUACUUAGACUUCUAUCAAAUGUGCCAACAAGACUGUCCAGCGGCCUUCCUGCAGAUGGCCUUCCAGUGCUGUCAGAUUGACCCAGCAACCCGUCCUACUUUUGAAGAGCUGACGACAAAGUUAGAAUCUCUUUUGCAUCAGCUGAUCACACCUCGCCAUAUGCCUAGGAAGAUCAAAGUCUGUCACCGGCGAUCCCUGUCCGACGACACAUUCCUCCUGCUGCGCAACCAAGUGCUGGAGGCGGGCUGCAUCACGAGCAGCCCCGGGGCGGCCCACCCGGUCACCACGCUGGCCGACUCCACGGCCGUGACGCCGCAGGAGAUCGUGGAGAAGAUGAGCGCAGCGGACCCCUACUUCCAGCCGUCCACUGGAACCGUGAACCCCUUCGCACAGCUGAAGCUUCCCGCGAGGUCCCAACUGGUGCUCCAGGAGGGCGGCCGCUACUGCCACUCCCUGCCGGACUCGCCCGGCCUCCUGGCCCACUCGUCCUGCCUGGAGACCAACAAGCACCUCCACACGUCGGACUCCUGCCUCUGCCCUCACUCGACGAAUGCUCAUUGCCAGUGCCAUGUUAACCAUAGACAGUUCUCGUCACAAGUGGACAACAGCAGAAAACAUUGCCAGUGUGUGCACAGUGGGAAAGUGUUGAAAGCUUGCGAGAAGGACGUGACGGAUUACAAGUGUAGAUUUAGUAGACUUGCCAGUGCAGAGGGCAGCCCCUCGGUGUGGCAGCACGACAUGUGCAGAACGCCCUGCCACGUGGAGGAGGACGGGCCGGCCAGCAGCAGCCCCAGGUCGGACGUCGGGAGCGGGGGCGAAGGAGGAGGCACAGUAUUACAAAGCAAUCACCUGGGGGGCCCAGUGCGCCGCCGCGGGUCGGGCGAGAGCGGGUUUUUUAGCGUCGGGGACGUGGAGCGCAUAGGCACGCCCGAGCUGUGCCUCUCCUACUCGGAGCUGAGCACCGCCUCGCUCAUCUCCACCGAGGACGAUGACCAGGGACACCACUGCCUCGUACAAAGGUCCUCCUCCGUGGUGACCGACAGCUCCGAGGACCUAUCUAGUCUAGGCUGCUGCCACGACCCCCAACACUCAUGCGACCUCUCCUCCCUCUGCGAGAGCGAGGACAUCAUCCCGGGCAGCCGCCUGUCGGAUCACGAGGUCGACACCGACAUCCGCCAGAUCGUGGACUUCUUCGAGAGGAACAUCGGGUCGGGCACAGGGUCCGACGGCCCGAGGCGCUCGUCCUCCCGCGUGCGCCGCCAGGGAUGUUUGGUGCCGCUGUUAACCCACAAGUUCAGUUCUCUUCACACUGGCCAUCGCUUGAUUAGCAUAUCAAGUACGCCAUGUCCAGUGCAUAAUAACAACGGAGCCUCGACUCCUUGCAAUAAGUCAUUCAGCACCAAAGAUUGUGCAAUACCAAAGUCCUGUCGCCAGCCGUGCUCGAGGCCCGAGCGACGCGACACCUUUCGAGUGAAGGACAGACCAAAAGUGUACAUUACAGAGGGUACCGUCCGUGCAAAGCGCGAUAUAUUUGAAGCUAAGUGAGCCAAGUGAAAUAUAUUUUCUUUAUGUGAAAAUAGAUAUAAUGUAAAUUGUUGAUAUUUUUGUUCUUCCUAGUCACAAGCUGAAGUGUUUUGUGAUAUUGAACUAACAGUUUUCUCUUCCUUUGUCUUUAGAUGAUGUCAAAUAAAACAAAAACCGA